UUUCGGUGACAAGUUGAGUCUGGGCAGCAUGGGGUGUAUCUCGUGUGAUCAUGUAACUGCGUGUGGUCUUGGCCAUCUUCCGCUGAAAGUUUUUUUUUAAUUUAUUAAACUUAUCGAGGAUGUUGUCGUUUAAAUUUUCUAUUACUUUUCCCUAAGUGGUAAUACUUUAUUUUCAACUGGGUACCCAUGUUUUGAAAAGUGUUUUUUUUUUAAAAUAAAGGCAACAUUAGUAUCUUAACGCCAGUUUAUUUAUGGCAUCUUAUUUUACGUAAGUAAGGGCGUUACAAAUGGUAUCAGAGCCACAGUUACAUUGAUCUUGAAUUCACGCGACAUACACACCAUCGCUGCAAAGGAUCAACUUGUCAUCAAGUAUGUAUGCUUUAUAUAUGUUAUGUCUUAUAUGUUAAAUUUGGUUUAGUCUUUAUCUUUUAAUUUUCCUUUAGUUAGCUAGAAGUUUAGGGUAUGGUUAAUCGAAACAAUUAACUGAUUCUUCGGAGUUAGAAUUUUAGUAUAACUCAAACAAUUUUCUUAUUAGUGUAAUUUUUUUAUGAGUGAAGAUUAUUUAUUUAUUUAUUUAUUUUACAUGGUGAAUUGUUGCUUGAUGAUUUACGUUUUUUUUUUAGUUUAUAUAAUUUAGUGUAUAGAUAUUUCCUUUUUGAGCGAGAUACAUCUUUGGUUAUUUUUCUUAUCGAUACCAUCUCCUUUCUUUUGAAGAACAAGUUAAGGGAUUUGAUGGAAAACGGUGAACCCAGAAGAUCAACCCGCUUGAAUGAAAGAGCGGCUGUAAGAGACCGAGCUAGAGGUCGAGGGCGAGGAUGUGCUCGCGGUCGAGGCAGGGGAAACCAGCAUGUCCCUGCCGAGGCGGUGAUCCAGGAGAAUCAAAAUGCCCCUGUAAAUGGACAGCAACCAGGUCAAGGUGGGGGUAACCACGAAGUCCCUGCUGGGGUAGUUGGUCAAGAACACCAAAAUGCCCCUGUAGUGGUGCCACCACAACAAGAAGAUUUGGCGCAAGAAGUUGCUCGUCUCAAGGAAGAAAUUAGGAAGCGAGAUGAAGAGGCUCUCAACCGUCAGGAACAACCCAAUCAAGGACAACAUCAAUUUUUGCCGGUGCAAUACAUGCCUGUGCCGGAGGGUCGAUGGGAACCAAUAUAUGAAAGGUUCCGCAAGCAACACCCACCAAAUUUUGAAGGGGGCUCAGAUCCAAUGGAAGCUGAGGAAUGGUUAAGAACAGUGGAAGGUAUUGUUGAGUACAUGCGGCUCGGUAACGGAGAUAGUGUAGCUUGUGCUGCUAGUUUAUUGAAAAAGGAUGCCCGCAUCUGGUGGGAUGUUAUUAAACAAACACGGGAUGUGGCCGCAAUGACCUGGGCUGACUUUGUACAAGUUUUUAACAAAAAAUACUACAGUGAAGCAAUACGCUCAGCUAGAGUUAAUGAGUUCACAAACUUGAGGCAGGGUAAGUCUACAGUUACAGAGUAUGCUCGCCAAUUUGACAGAUUAGCAAAGUUUGCCACAGAUCUGGUUCCUACUGAGUUUCUGAGGAUUCAUCGUUUUACUGAAGGGCUCGACUCCCGAAUAAGUCGGGACAUAGCGAUGUCAGGAGUAAGGGCAACCACGUAUGCUGAGGUACUAGAAAAAGCCCUAGAAGCUGAGUUGUGUGAAAGUCGUAUACAGAAAGACAAUACAGCAAGGUGGGAGGCCAGAAAGGCCAGUAAUGGAGGUGGUGAUAACAAAAGAAAACUGCCAACUAACCAACACAACGAAGCCGACAAGAGAAACAAGAUAGGGUCCAAUAACUACAAAGGGAAGAAGCCAUAUGUGGAGUACCCGCUAUGCCCAACAUGUGGUCGUAAGCAUCCGGGAGAAUGUCGACUGAAAGGCAAGACUUGUUACAAGUGUGGGCAACCAGGCCACUAUAAGAAGGACUGUCCACAAAAAGGUGAUCAACUCAAGGAUGACAAACUUGUCCCAGCUCGAGUAUUUGCACUAACCAGAGGGGAGGCUGAGACUAGUAACACUGUGGUUGCAGAUAAGUAAGCCUGUAAGCUUUCGGUGACAAGUUGAGUCUGGGCAGCAUGGGGUGUAUCUCGUGUGAUCAUGUAACUGCGUGUGGUCUUGGCCAUCUUCCGCUGAAAGUUUUUUUUUAAUUUAUUAAACUUAUCGAGGAUGUUGUCGUUUAAAUUUUCUAUUACUUUUCCCUAAGUGGUAAUACUUUAUUUUCAACUGGGUACCCAUGUUUUGAAAAGUGUUUUUUUUUUUUUUAAAAUAAAGGCAACAUUAGUAUCU